AUGUCUUCCGAAGCAAACCAACAACACCGAACUACUCCAGUGCCUGGCAAUCAAGAUACAUUAUCCCCAAUUCACGAACGCAAAUUCGCCCUUCUUUCCCUGUUAACUAUCUUUCUUGCCAUACUCAUCUCCCUAUUCUGGGGUGAUACCGCCAACGUGUUCGGCAUACGACGAUUUUUCUCUUCUUCAGCUCGUACCGCAUCAGCAUCGGCAUCUGUAGCGACUGCAGCAAUUGCGAAGGAGACGACAUCCUCAUCUGAUACGAUGGCAUCAACAUCCAAGACUCCGAUCUAUUUCCUUAGCCAUGGCGGGCCAAAUGUAAUGUACGAAGUCGAACAUCCAGCCUAUCACAAAUUAGCCCAGAUUGGCCGCGAAAUCACGACUAAGGUUAAGCCCCGUGCUGUGGUUGUUUUCUCUGCGCAUUGGCAGGCUGCCCGGGAUACUAUCCAGGUUAAUACGGCUGAGAUUACGGAUUUGAUUUAUGAUUUCUACGGAUUCCCGAGCCACUACUAUAAGGAAAAAUACCCGAACGUCGGCAGCAAAGAGGUCGCGAAUAAAGUCCUCAAUUUGCUCAGGGACGCCGGUAUCAACGCGGAGGGUGUGAAGCGCGGCCUUGACCAUGGUGUUUGGGCUAGUUUCAAGUGUGCCUUCGAACCAGAAUCAAACCCUUUAAACGUCCCCAUCGUGCAAGUGUCUCUCUUCGCAAGCGAAGACCCAGACCAGCAUUACCGCCUCGGCCAAGCCGUAUCGCGCCUCCGCGAAGAAAACAUCCUGAUAAUCGUCUCAGGAAUGGCAGUGCACAAUCUGCGCGAUCUGCGGUAUACAUUCGGAAACCCGAAACCAAUGCCGUAUUCUGUCAGCUUUGACGAGGCGCUUAAAGAUGCUGUUACUACCGCGCCUGCUGAGCGACAGAAGGCUAUGGCUGAAUUGUUGAAGCGUCCUGAUGCGCGCCAGGCUCAUCCCUCUUUCGAGCAUUUGCUUCCAAUCCAUAUUGGGGCAGGUGCUGCUGGUGAGGACUUGGGAAAGAGGCUGUGGACUUAUCCUGAGGGCAGUAUGAGUUGGGCGCAGUAUCGGUUUGGGACGGGUGAGAAUGCUAGUUCGUUAUAG